UCCGCCCAACUGCGCACGCAGCAACGCUGUGCCGUGUGCUUCUCUCCUGACACUGCUGUCUGUCCUUCGCUAUGGCUGUCGUCAGGGCUCUGGUGGCGCCGAGGCUGCUUUCUGCGCUCGCACCGCUCUCGGGGCGCCACCAUGCUCCCUCCCAGCGCGCAGCCCUUCACAGCUCCGCACCGCGGCCCGGGGCCAGGGUGGCGUUGGUGCUGUCGGGCUGCGGAGUCUAUGACGGAACCGAGAUCCACGAGGCCUCUGCGAUCCUGGUACACCUGAGCCGAGGUGGGGCUGAGGUCCAGAUCUUUGCUCCUGAUGUCCCUCAGAUGCAUGUGAUUGACCACACCAAGGGAGAGCCUUCUGAGAGUGAAAGCAGGAAUGUUUUGGCAGAAUCAGCAAGGAUUGCCCGAGGCAAGAUCACCAACCUGGCCCAGCUCAAUGCUGCCAACCAUGAUGCCGCCAUAUUCCCUGGAGGCUUUGGAGCUGCCAAAAACCUGAGCACGUUUGCCGUGGACGGGAAGGACUGUAAGGUUAACAAGGAAGUAGAGCGUGUCCUGAAGGAGUUCCAUGGGGCCAGGAAGCCCAUCGGCUUAUGCUGCAUCGCACCUGUUCUCGCUGCCAAAGUGAUCAAAGGUGUCGAGGUCACCGUGGGCCACGAGCAAGAGGAAGGUGGCAAGUGGCCUUAUGCUGGAACUGCAGAAGCCAUCAAAGCCCUGGGUGCCAAGCACUGUGUGAAGGGUGUGACCGAAGCUCAUGUAGACCAGAAAAACAAGGUGGUCACGACCCCGGCCUUCAUGUGUGAGACAGCGCUCCACCACAUCCACGACGGCAUUGGGGCUAUGGUGAAGAAGGUGCUGGAACUCACAGGGAAGUAACGCUGCCUGGGCCACACUCGGCCUGUCUGGGCUCCAUUCAGCCAGGACACAGGAGUGCCUUUCUGUUAGAAGCAUAGACGCUUUCUGCCUGAAGAAGGAGCUUUGCCUCCGUCU